UGAAUGAAGCCAGAUAUACCAAGAAGGGCAGUGGGAACAGAUCAAAGGAACUUCAAAGGGACAGGACUCCCACCUCUUUGAGAAUCUGAGGCUGAGGAUCCUCUAUAAAUAUAACCAUGGACUCUCUCUGUCUGCGGUGUUCAGAGAACCUCAGUACCUGCUGAACUUCGCUGACAGCAAAGUCCCAACCAAGCUGCAACCAUGAAGUCUCUCUGUCUCCUCUUUGCCCUACUUUUGUUGCCUGUCCAGACCACAGCUGAGAAGCCAGCAGAAGAUACAGGACUCAAUUCUCAGGCUGAAGAUGCAAAACAGACUCAAGUGAAGGUGAAUUCUGAUGGCCCACAAAAAUUCUUCCUGCCAAGUCAUACUUUUGGUCGGACCAGGGGGCUAACUGCCUGCAGUUGUUUCUGCCAACAUCGUUGUGGUUAUGCUGAAAGUCGAUGGGGCUCCUGUGGUAGCAAACUUCUUUGCUGCCGAUGUAGAUGAUUGUCCACCAGCUGUCAGCAGGUGUCUGUGCACUAACAGCCAACUCUUCCCUACCGUACUGUGUCAUUAAACACCAUCCUUGUUAGCA